AUGUAUAUUCAAAUCGUUAUCUUUUUAUUAUUCCAAAUUUCUCAUGCAUAUAAAACAAAUCCAACACCAUGGUUUUGUACAGAUCCACAUGCAUUAGAUUCAGCUGUUGAAAUCUCUCAAAAACUUCCAUCAUGUAGACCAGGUCAUGUUAUCGAUAUUGAAGAUGUUGUUUAUGAAUCAACCGUUGAUGGAAAAUGUUCGGGCAAAAGUUUAUGUAGUCUGCAUAAUAAAAAUGCUCUUCUAUUUGCAUGUAAUCAAAAACAAAUAUGCAAUGUUGAAAUACGACAUUUUCGUUUUCAUAUUAAUUCAACAUGUGGUUCGACAGUACGAUUUUUUACUAAAUAUCGUUGUUUACCUGUUAUACAAGAACAAAAAGAUUAUUUAUGUGAAUCAUCCAUACGUCGACCAAGUUUAGCUGAUAUAAAAUUAUCAUGUGAAAGAUAUUAUCGUCUACAUGUAACAUUAGCAUUAGUUGGAAUUAGUGUUAAACAACAAGAUAAUGGAAUACAACAACAUUUUAAAUGUAAUAAAGAUACAUAUUGGCUUUGUAAUCAUUAUGUACCUGAUGCUUAUCGAAAUGCUUGUAGUAAUCAAUUAGAUCGUGGUAUUGGCGAUUAUUGUGACAUAAGACCUAAUGAUCGGCCAAGAUUAAAGGGAUGUCAAUACGGAGAAGUAUCGAAUUUUUCAUUAGUGGAAUAUUCAUGUAUACCAGGUGAAGGUAUAACUGAUGAUCUUCCUCGAAUUGAUAUUUGUUCGAAUGAAGCAACUGAACAAAUAUCACUCACUCAUGGUCUUCUACAUUCUCCUAAUUAUCCUCAUCCAGUCGGAAAAUAUUUAUCAUGUAAAAAACAAUUACAUAUUUCACGAGAAUCUCGUUUACGUUUAUUUAUGCUUGAAAAAUCUAUUGAAUAUUAUCAUGAAUUAAAUAUUCGUUUAUUAAAUACUGAACCAAAUUCUCAACGUACAUUAGCUAAAAAUGAAUUAUUUGACAAAAAUUUAACUAAUCAACAAAACAAUGAAAUUGUUGAAAUUGAAUUAAAAACAAAUCAUGUUGGUGGUGGCAAUUUUUUACUAUAUUUUCAAGUUGAUUCACGCAUCUCUGAAUAUGCACCGUCAAUUCUCGAAGCUAAUAGAAAAACAACUGAUAAUAAUCGACGACACAAACCAUUAGUGAAACGAGAUUGGGGAAUUGUUAUUGGUUGUAUAAUAGGUCUUCUUCUUGUUGUUUGUCUUAUUGGAACUGUUUUAAUUAUAGUUAAAAUCUCAAAACGUCGUCGUGCUGAAUCUCUUAAAUAUUUAAAAAGUGAUGAUGAUCAUCGUCAACAUUUAAAUGCAUCAUCACCUGAUUAUCAUCAUCGUCCGAAGAAAACUAUUCAAAUUGAACAUCCUCAUUUAUUAUCUUCUUCACCAACAAUAAUUUCAUCAUUACCGAAUACAAAUCACCGAACAAAUAUUUCUUCAUCAUCGAUAGUUAAUGAUAGUACAUCUGAUCGUGAAUCUCUUCUUAAACAAUCUUCACGUAUAAAUACAACAAGUACGAAUAAUGAUAAUUUCUAUGAAGAAAUAAAAGACCAUCAACAAGCAAUUAAUUUAGAUUUAGGAAAUAAUCAUUAUCUUGAACCGAAAUCAUUUGAAGAUCGAAGAAAAUUUUUUGAAGAUACGAAAUCUUCAUCUCCAAUUCGAGAUCAUCGUGAGAGUGAACAAGGUCUUCGUCGGCCAGCACCAUUGGCUACACCUGAACAUGGUAAACGACAUUUAGCAAGCGUAAUAUGUGAUGCACCUAUGGCUAGUACAGAAACAUUGAAUGUUGGAAGUAAUUUAAUGCGAACUGAACAAAUGAAACGUCCAAAACAACCACCACCAAAAAUUCCACCACCGAGAAUGGAUUUAGAUCACCCAAAACCAAGUGCUCCUCCUCUUGAUUUAUUACAAAAUGAUAAUUUUAGUGAAGAUAUACGUCCACAACAUCGUUUACGUCAAAUGCAACAUCCAAAUAAUAAUAAAUAUAAUGCUUAG